GCAUCGCAUCUGCUAUUCUCUGAUGUCACCAUUGCUAUGUUGAACCGCCAUGAGACGACAAGAGAAAAGAAACAACACUAAGACCACCCCAAUCCCAUCCCCAGUACGCUGGUCAAUGAGUGAUCCAAACACACAGGCUGCCUCAGGCCCAUCUCCUCACACACCACACCCAUGACCUCCUUCCGAACGCGCUGCUCAAGCGACAGAUGAUUCACCAACACGACUAUGGACACGUUCUCCUGAGGAUACGAUACAGCGAACGAUCCCCCAAACGACUGAUACCCUACUGCCUCACUCCGACCAUCAGCCCAUCGCCUUAUUGACUCUGAAGGAAGAGGGAAGGAAGGGGAAGGCGAGCGCUGCUGGCCAAGCCCAAGGCCUCCGCGGGCAGCAGGAGGGGACGGCGUACAAGCAGACGGAGAGGGGUCACCCACGCGCAGCACUUCCAAGCCCUCAGAAAAGCUGCCGAACAGCAUAGGAAAGCCAUGAAGCGAAGAAAGAAAAGCUCUCUCGUGUGCCUGUGCCUCACCAUCUCCUCCCGAAGAGCACUGAGUCCUCUGAGGCCUUCGCCACCAGCAGUCGCCUCCGCGAGUCGCUGUCCAGCGUGGAAAACAACCCCCUCCCCCUGAGAUCGUGCCACGUCAUGGCCGAGAGGAGCGAUGCCAACGCACGUGCAGACGCGUAAACGCCAAGCGCCGGCGGUGGGCUGGCGCGCACGCGCUGCGCAUUGAGCAUGGAAGGGUCCGUGACGAUCUCGGUCAUCGAUGCCAGCUGCCCAAAGAUGCCGCCUGUUGCCGAGAAAGGCCCAUGCUCCCACUCUUCCCGCUUGCUGUCGUUCUCAUCCUUGCUCUCAAAUAGCGCACCGAUGUCAUCGAGAUGAAGAGAGAAGAGGGCCGCCGCGGCUUUGGCGAUUCCAUUCGACACAAGGGCGAUGGAUCUGCCGCCCUCGUCACGACCCAGCGCCCCCCCGCCACCACCCUCUGUUUCAGUCUCGAGGCCAAAUCGAAGCUCAUUCUCCACGCGCAGCGCCCUCGCCAGUCGUUGAGUGAGUCGACUCAAUGACACGUCCCCUCCAGCUGCCUUCAGCAGACGGCCACAGAUCACGCCCAUGACAUGGUUGUGAUACUUGGCCGUGCCACGGUCGCGUGUCGGCUUGGCUCGACAGACCAUGGCCUCCACCUUAGAUGGGUCCAAGAGGUCGCUGGCGGGCGUUUGUGGUGGGACGGCGCUCGCCAGUCCAGCCGUGUGCGAUAGCACCUCGCCGCAUGUCACGUCGCUCUUGAAAUCGGGCCAGUGGCUGCUCACAGGAUCGUCAAGACUCAUCCUCCUCUCGGCGACGGAAGAGUAGAUGAGAGCCGUCAAGACUACCUUCGAUAAAUCCAUGGCCGGCAUCAGCGUGUGCUCGUCCACUGGCCGCGCAUCACUUCCCCCCACUACGCCGGCUGCCAGGCUGACGAGUGGACUCAUACACUCACCUCUCAUGAUGGCCACCUGAAUGCCGAGUGACUGCUCAUCAUCCUCCCACAGGCUGGCGACAAGGUUGCGCAGACGCUGCUCGAGGCGAGACGGAACACAAGAGGGUGGAAGGGGCGCGAGGUGCGCGAGGGCACGCUGGUCGGGAGGGGUGCUGGAAAGAAUAGUGAGACGCGCGUAGAGGGACAUGGUAUCCAGGUACGACACCUGAAGAAUACGUACACAUCCAGAUAUCAUACAUGCCAUGCGCCGACUGAGUGGAUUGCGUGCUGUUUGGCAUUACUUUCGUGUCGAGGGUGACCGACAGGCCGCGAAUGAGGCCCAGGACACGGAAGAUAAAGCCGAGCUCGUCUGGAAUCUGCGUCAUGAAACGACUGACGAAAACAGAAAGGAGAAAGGUAGCUGAUGGACAGGUGAGCAGAUGGCAAUGUGUUCCGUGCCUUUCGGUGUUUCCUUCGCUUCGGUCUCGCUCUCUUUGUUUCCUCCUCAUACGAAAGAACUUCUUGGUGUCUUCGUAACUCUCGUCCCUGAGAGGAACGCCAGUCACUGUGUACAUCAGCUCGCUCCUUCUCCGUUGUGCCUCUUACUUAGUCUUUGUGUCCCUCAUAAGGUAGCGAAAGAACUCUAGGUCGCGCUCGGGUUUGUGGUCCGACUGUGAGUUGGCGUACCCCACAUCGCGCAGGGCUUUCGCUGCUCCCUCCACAUCAAACUCAUGUAAGCUCGUCACGAGCUGACAGUAGUGGACUCGCUGGGCAGGGGUAAUCGAUAGCGACAUCCCAAAGUCGAGGAGCACCAGUUUAGCCUGGUCGCCAUCGAUGGACACCAUCAGAUUGCCGGCGUGGGCUGCACACACACACGCCGAUUGGGUGCGUGGGGUGGGCGUGCGUGGGUGGCUAUGUUCGUUGACUGACGAUCAGCAUUGAAGAAGCCCCACGUGAAUAGCUGCUGCGAGUACACCUGAAGAACACGCAUAGAUGCACCGACAGAGUGGAUUGCGUGCCGUUUGGCAUUCGUACCUGUAUGACUCUGAGCAUAAGAUGCCUGGUGUCGACCUGAUAGAGGGCCAGCUGGUCCUUAUCGGUCAAUUUGAAUCCGUGAAUGAACGACAUCGUUAGGACGCGUGGCGAAGUUAACGACAGGUGAGGCGUGGGGACGAUGACAUCAGACAAACUGACAGACAAAAUCGAGACAAAGGGGGUCUUCUGCCGGCCUUUUCCUAGUGAGCCCCGUUCUCCCUUCAGAUGGUUACCCUCCGUCCUUAAUGUGUCGUGCCAUCUUGAUCAAAUUGUCAGCUUCUUGCCGAAAGUCCAGCUCCUUAUCCAUGACCUUCUGCUGCCAGGCCUGCGCGAGAAAUCCAGGACGCAAACCGAUUCCGUCAUGUUUAAUGUAUCCAUCCAUUUCUCUCUCCGGUGUGUGUCUGUGUGUGUCUGUGUGUGUGCAUUGUCGAUGCAUCGUUUCACCCAAAUGUCUGUACCUGAAGCACUUGAAGAAUCACUCCGAGCUGCGACAUGCACGUGAGUGAAAUCAUUUGUUGUGUUGUGUUUUGCUGUGCGUCGUUGAGUGAUCUGACCUGUGGGUUGAGCCACUGGAGUGUCCUGGCAAUGCACAGGGCGUAGAACAAAUCACUCCUGACCAGCUGCGCUAUGCCCCUGUGCUGGAGCUUGAUCACCACCUCAUCGCCAGACCGUAGGACGGCGUGAUGGACCUGGGCGAUUGAGGCACUGGCCAUGGGGGUCAUGUCAAAGAACGAGAACAGCUCAUCGAGCUCGCAACCAAACUCCUCGCGGAUUACACGCCGGACAUAGCCUGGUGGACACGCUGGCAGGUCAUCCUGAAGGAACAGCAAAAAAGGAUCAACGCCGUCUCCUCCUUCAGGGUGCCAGGUGUUGCUACGUUUCUGUUUACCUGCAGCUUUGCCAGCGUCUGGCUCCAUUCUCUCGGCACGAUAUCAGCUCGCCUGCGAAGUGACAGAGCACCAACGAUACCACUGUAUACUCACCAAUACGCACGCAUUCAUGCUGCUUACCCGCCUAGGUAUUGCCCAAACUUUACGAAAAGACUUUGCAGCCGGAUGAAAGUGUCGCAGACAUAGGGCGCCAGCCAACAAUCGAGAGUAGCGAAGAGCCGUAGCCGCUCGGCCCCCUCUAUGCCCCUUCUCUCCACCCACUUGUUGACGACAAAGUACAUGCCUAUGCUGAACGUUGCGCUUGUCGCGAUCAUGACUCCCCUUCUCAGCUUGGAAAAGAGAGAGACAGGUAUCAUCAGCAAGAGUGCCAGUAUCCCCGUGAGAAUCUUGCGAGCCAUCAUGGCAUGCAGCAGUCGACUGCAUUGGACUGCAAGCAGUCGGUUCCAUGAACUGAGCCCUGCCGUCCGGCCAAAAAGAAGUAGCCGCAGCGCGAGUGACAGGAAGACCGCAAAUGCUCCGCAGGCGUCCGAAAGAGCGAAGAAGACGGUGAAGGCCAAGCUGAGGACGGUCGCGGAGGCGGAUGAAGGAACGAUAUCGCCGAGGAGCGGCCAUGAGACGGGGAACACAAUCAGCAACCACACGAGGAUGCCCAGUGCUGUUCUCAGCGUCCCCAUCCACCUCUCGUAGGCACCUUUCGCAUCACCCGUUCCGCUGUCUGAAAACAGCCUCCACCCCCCGAGCGCGCUCUUAGUCUGCUGCACCAUCCUCUCCAACCGAUGCAUCCUCCGCAAAAGCUGCUGCUGGCUCUGAUGGUUGGCGAGCACGGCACCCUGACACUUGAUGGGCUCACGUUGCUCUCGGGAGAUCUGGCCCUUGAGUCGAUUGGCGAGAAUGCCCUCGUCUGUCGCAGUCGGGUCAAGCAGGCCGCCUCCCUGUUGACGUGGUUCCUGGACGGACCGUGUCGCCUCGGGCGAGUUGGUGGCCGCGCUCGCGGGCAGACGGAUCGACGCGAUAGCUGUUGUUUGCUCGCGGGUGGUGUUGACCGACGUGAGGAAGGCGGGGUUGACGCCGCGCCUCGUGUUUGUUGACGUGCUAGUAGUCUCGACAAAUGACGGCGAGAGAGACGGUGACUCUUUCGCUCGCCUCUCGGCUGCAAACGGCUGGAGUAGACCUGAAGCAAGUGCCGCGCAUUCGUUGCACAGGCGGCGUCUGAAAAGACAACAUAAUCUCACUUCCUCAAAGAGUGCUGAACUCCUACACAGUGCACCAACUCUUCCUUCCUUUGCUCUUGUUCUCACCGAAACAGGCGGUGUUUGCUGCAUCUCCCACAGCAGAGGACCCCGCACACCUGCAGAGAAGAGACGAUGAUAAACUGUGUCGAUCAUCUGUCCCGCCGCGGCUCACCCUGCAGUGAUGGCGCCGCUUGACGAGGGUAAAUCGAGAGCCACAUCGUGUGCAAGUAGGGCCAUUCGGCGCCCACUGUCCGCGAGUGAGCAGCAGUUUACCCUCCUCCCUCUCGCGCACUUCACCCUCCCUGACGCGCCUCGCGGCCGACAUGAGAAGAGGAAUCAGUGACUUGAUCAUGCCCUUGUCCCCGUCGAUGCGCACAUGCCCCUUAAUCACGGCCGUGACUGGAUUCAGCCGCCUUUCGAGGAGCAACUGCAGUCCCUGCAAACCAACGAGUUAAUCAAUACAUCCAUCCCAUGCACCUUUUGUCUCAUAUAAUCCAUCCACAUGAGUGGAUGUCCGUAUCUGUGUGCCUACUUCUCCGCUCAGUGUGACGCUCGUGGCGACCUGCGACUCGCGUAUGCCAUUGCUGGGGUGGAGUGGUCGGAGGCUCGAGAGAUCGGUGGUCACGCGGGGCUGGCCAUGUGCAUCGAUGCCGAGAUAGUAGAUGUGCGGUGUGGUGUCGGACGCCAGCACCAGCUUCACGACUCUGUUAUCUCGUUGCAUGGCUGCUGGUGGACUCCACGAUCUGAGAGAGUCUUGAACAGCCUCAACGAAAGGGGCAACGGUCACCUCCAUGUUUCAAAAACUCGACCUGUGUUUUAUCUUGC